UGUUGCCAUAGCAAUAUGUGAAUGCGUCGAAGAAAACAGCCACAGAAGACGAAUGCUAGCGUAUUUGUUGAGUUCUCGACACCCUCAUGUAGCAAAGAUUGUUCAUUCAUAGCAAUGGGCAAAGUGGCCGCCCAGCAGACUCAAAGCGAGAGCCGUGUCCGCGGAUGUCAUCUCGCAGCCUUUUUACGCCUUUUCCGCUCUUCCGUGUCCGCUGCUGUCCCGGCAACAGUUGAACACAACAUGAGGGACGGUGCACAAACAUUUGCAAACUGCACCUUCAGCUGGGGCCGCGUUAAUGGAGCAGAAGGUGCAAACAAGGAGCAAGGAAUGCAAUCAGAGGACUGGAAGCAAGACGCUCGAAUAGCAUGGGGCCGACUUCAAACCUACAUUACUAGCAGCAAGGUGCUUCGAUCUGAAAACAUAGGACCAGGGAACAGUGAUAUGGGUCUUCUAGUUAGAACUUCUGGCAAUAGCCCGAAAUCCCUGAUGUCACUGGCCAUACCUGCUGCUGCAUCCCUCUCAGGGAACAGUAAAGGCAACAGUGCAAAAUUGGAAAAAUCUAACUCUGCUCUUUACACACACAUUCCUCAUGAUGGCCUGGAGCAGAAGAACCUCAGAAUAAUUCACUAUGUGAAAAAGGUUCCACGCUACCAUAUCAAUAGAAAGCACGAUGUGAAGUAUUGGUAUGAGGAGCCAGCUGUUGGAAUGAGUGUUGCGACAUGAACCUAUCCAGUAAUGCUCGGCUCUUGACUGAAACGUUCUGUGUGUCAUUGCUGCCCUGACUUCCACUUCUGCUACAUCCUUUAUUCAGAUGUAUCCUAUUAUAUACACUGACUGUAUUGUCUUGAUUUUUGCUGAUUGUCUGAUCUGGAAGAUUUUGUUUAUUCCGUUUUCAAUUUCUACGCAUUUCUCAGUUUUCCUUUAACUCCUGGAUUUCUUUUUUGAUCUCUGACAAUGAGUUUUCCAGAAAUAUGUAUGACAAGCAUUUUGUUUCUAUAAAUUUCUCAAGUAUGUUUCUUUCUUCCUGCUGUUACCAGAUGCCUAGUCGUUCUGUUUUCCACAUCCCUGUCAUGUGCACUGUAAUUGCUCUACCAACUACAUCAGACCUCGUGCUAAAUUUCUCAAUCCUAUGACGGUAGGAUUGGGUCAUCAGAAAAUAGAAUCAUAGAAUCCCUACAGUGUGGAAGCAGGCCAUUUGGCCCAUCGAGUCCACACUGAGACUGCAAAGGGUAUCCCACCCAAUCCACCCCCUUACCCUAUCGCUGAAUUUCCCAUGGCUAACCCACAUUGCCUGCACAUCCCUGGACACUAUGGGCAAUUUAGCGUGGCCAAUCCAUCUAAUGUGCACGUCUCUGGACUGUGGGAGGAAACUGGAACACCUGGAAGAAACCCAUGCAGACACAGGGAGAAUGUGCAAACUCCACACAGGCAGUUGCCCGAGGGUGGGAUUGAGCACAUGUCCCUAGCACUGUGAGGCAGCAUUGAGUCAAUGUGCUACCUCUGCUCCUACAUAAAUAGGAUCAGAGUAGUCCAUUCAACCUCUCAGCCUCAUCAGCUAUUCAAUAUGAGCACGUAUGACCUUUGGUUUAUUAACCAUUUUCCUAUCCUCUUUCCAUAUCCGCUGACUUCUUGACUGUCUAUUCUCGUCUUCAAUUUCCUUCAUUCAAUGAUAACUUCUUGACAGGGGGACAAUUCCAGAGAUUCACAAUGCUUUGGGUGAAGUAAUUUUUCCUGACUACUCUAUUAUACUAAGGCACUGCCUUGUUAUUUUAGAAUCCCAAAUUUCUGAUAGUCUGUCCUCAGCACCUCCACUUGCCAUCUCAUGAGAUAGAACAUCUUGUCCAUUCAUCUCUUCUCGUUGUCCAAAGCCAUUCUGUGUGAGACAACAAUUUGUGUGCUGUGUCUUCAGUGCACUUUACUGGCUGCUCACUUCAUAGACAUUAUAUUCGGGCAAUUAAACACACAGCUGAUGACCAAAGCUUCUUAAUUCUACCUACAAUUGUGACCUUGAGCUCACCAUGUUAACUUUGUCUUCCUUUUCCACUCUGGCCUCUCUGUCCUUGGACUCCUUUACAAUACUUCAGUGAAGCUGAACACAAACAUCAGGAACAAUAUUUCAAUUUUUCCCUCAGUUAUACAGCCUUAUAGUCUGAACAUUAGUCUUAGCAACUUCAUAGUCCUAUCACAGCUUUCAUUUUCUUGGAGUAGGUAUUGCUGGUGAUAAGGGUGGCACUAUCAGUAUUCAAGGAGAAGAGAUAUAGCUUCAUUUUUCAGUGCUAUGCAGCCUUUGAAACGAUCAUAGUGGUAGUGUAGCAAGGAUGGUGGUCCUUUAUAAUCUGUUUUAAAGCUAAUGGACAGAUUAUACUUUAAUAGUCUCUUGAUUUUAAUUUCAGUUAUGAUUCCCAUAUUGCCUUAUUGUCAGUUUCCCAGAUCCUUCUUCAAUUUUCUUUUCACAUGAAAUUUACCAUUUCUCAAAUUCUUUGACCAUACUUGACUUAGAUGAUCUGUAUUCCACACACUUCUUCCACUGUCACUUCUUUACCCUGCGAGAUUUUCCAUCCCCUUCCUCCUUUAUCUGCAUUAUUUAAAUACGGUACCACUUAUUUUGGCAUUCUGAUUGUUUUUUAUUUGAAAUUAUGCAUACCUAAUUGAUCAUGCUCAUUACAUAAAUUGCUAGUUGAUUGUUAGCUAAUUUGUAGCUCUUCAUUUAGUUAUAUUUCAAAGAAAGUAAAAGCUAUUCCUUCUUAAUAUACUGAAUGUCCACAAAGAAUAUCAGGACAAGAAGAUAAGCAAGUUUUAUAGCAGUUCAAUUUAAAAUCAGUGAACUGUAAAUAGCUCUCGACUUACAGAAGUAUAUCAUAUAUGACAAAACGUCUCGAAUGUUUUGAAUUACUAUCAUUUUUACUCAUCAGUGGAGCACUUUGAGAAGUAUAAUGCGUUUGUUGUUUAUAUGAAACAGGAAAAAAGCCCCAGACUUUGGGGACAUAUGGGAGUUCCUUGGGAUUGUGCAAUUCCUUACGGAAAUGAAAUCCAGUGCCAGCGACUAUAGUGACUGUUUCUCAUAAGAAAACAUGGCAGUAGGAAAGACCAGAACCCUGUGAAUUCCUAUAUGUGACCAUUAUUAUCCAUAGCUUAAAUGUAAUUCCAAUAUGUAUUUAAACAAGCGUAGAAAUCUAUCAAAGCUAAAGAAUAACAGAAUGCAGAUGAAUGUCAUGCAUUGAAAUGAUUUUAAGCAGGUUGACUAUGAACUUGUAAAUCUUGCCAACGUCUCAAUGAUAGGCAGAAGAAAUUGGAGAGCUUCUUGGUGAGCCUUACGAUAGAAAGAAGUUGGAGCCUCUGCCAAUACUAACUAACUCCAGGCUACAAGAUGCAUAAGAAAGCAUUUGUUACCAUGACAACUUGUACACUUUAGAGGGGUGAUAGUUGUAUUAGGCUCAAUGUUGACCACAUUGACACCAACAAUACAUGGUUUGAUCACUAUUCUAUUUGUGGUGAAAUCUGGACAUGCCUCCUCGCCUUGAUGCCAGAAAUUACAAUGCUGUGGGUCGAAUCUACCUUUGAGCAAAGUACAAAGAAACAUAUGAGUUAAUAUUUCCCUUAGAUUGGUAAUAGUCUGCCUAGAGAGACAGUUAUAAUAAAUAAUGAUCUUGCUUGAAGAACAAUACUUUUUGCAUUUCAUGGUUGGGAACCUAUGCAAGUGAAGCCAAGGUUUCAAUUUCUACCCAAGAAAGUUAAAGGCAGCAGGCACAUGCAAAUAUCUCUACCUCCAAUUUCUCGUCCAAGUGACACAUUAUCUUGACUCAGAGACAAAUCACCAUUCCCUUAACACCGGUCAAAAUUCUGGAACUUUCUAUUCUACAAUACUGUGGAACAUCACAUAGAUUGCAGUGAUUUAACAAGGCUCAUCACCACCAUCCCAGCAGCAACUAUGAAUAUGCGACAAAUGCUGGCGUCGCCAGUGACAUCCAAAUCCUUGAAUGAAUAAUAGAAAAGACUGUAUAUAAUCCCAUCUACUGUUCAUAAUUCAAUGAAAAGAAUUAGAAAAACAUUAUUCAUGUAGCACAAUAAAAUUUUGAUCUAAAAGUGUGGUGAUAAAUUCAAGAAAGUGUAAAAACAAAUUUUGUGUCACUUAGGAGGGUUCAUGUGCAUCAUUGACCUUUGUUGUGCUGUCAGUGACCAACUGAGUAUAAAGAAUUGGCAAAAAUGAGUGGAGGUAUUACUUAAAGCAACCUGUGCUCUUCUGCCUGAGCAACACAAUCCUUUGAUGAGGAAAUGAUCUGGAUCUGGCAUAAAUAAGUUGAUUUACCAAUAAUCUUACGGUUUUAAAAAUUUUACAUAUGUUUUAGAAAAAUGCAUUCAAAAUUAAAUAAAAGUCAGGUUUGAACAAUAAACUUCGGAAAAAUGACAGUGUGAGUAGUUCUUUGAUUAUGUGAAAUUCAAGAAUAUAUAUUUUACAAUGCAAUAAUCUGCAUCUUAUGUGUAACUUAUAGAUACGUAAACAAAAUUAAUACAGUGUACUGUGCUUAUGUUUUAAAUUGCUCAUUAAUAUAAAGGUAAUAUCCAGAACCAUGAAAUGCUGUUUUUGCAAGUUCACUUUUUAGGAUUUUAUCAUUAUGUAGCUUUCUGUGGUUAUGACGAUCAAACAUGCAAUUUAUUUUAAUCUGAACUAAUCCCACCCACCAAGUCUCAAGCACGUUCAAACCAUGGGAAAUCUAUAGAUAAGAGACAUUUUGGGCUUGAUCCCAAUUUAAGAAAAAAGACUUUUUUUACUAAACUCUGAACACAUUGCAAAAGACUGAAGCCUUCUGAGUUUUGAAUACACUUUGAAGUUUACACAAUGUAGUCACUUGCAAGAUAUGAGUUCAUUCUGUUAAAAAUAUGAUUUAAUUUUUGAAUUUUAAGUUUGAAUCUGUUGUGAAUACUGGAAGAUGAGGUAAUAAAAUCUAAAAGAUCAUUUGAACUGGUUUGAAAAUUUUAGCUCUGGCCAUUUUGGACCAGUCCAUAUUUCAGAAAAAAAAGCUUCUCAUGUUAAAUAGUGUUCAUAAGAAGUUGGCAAAACUGAGUGGCAGUAUUAUUUAAAGCAACCUGUACCCUUAUGCAUGAGUAAUACAAUUAUUUAAAUAGGAAAGGAUCUGGAUCUGACCACUAAUUAGAUUCAGCAAUGAUUGUACAGUUGUUUUUAUUUUGCCUGUGUUUUAGAA